GCCGGGCUGAAAAAGGAUCCUGACAGAAAGCUAGAGGCGUAAAGGAGCCUGAAGAAUCUCAUGUAACUCUGGGAACUGUUUUACAGAAGCAAGAGUGCCAGUGAAGAGCUUUGAAGUGUGAAGAGAUUUCCUGUAAUUGAAACCAAAAUGUCAUUUAUAGAUCCUUAUCAGCACAUUAUAGUGGAGCACCAGUAUUCCCACAAGUUCACGGUUGUGGUGUUACGUGCCACCAAAGUGACAAAGGGGGCCUUCGGUGACAUGCUUGACACUCCAGAUCCCUAUGUGGAACUUUUCAUCUCCUCAACCCCUGACAGCAGGAAGAGAACAAGACAUUUCAAUAAUAACAUAAACCCUGUGUGGAAUGAGACCUUUGAAUUUAUUUUGGAUCCUAAUCAGGAAAAUGUUUUGGAGAUUACGUUAAUGGAUGCCAAUUAUGUCAUGGAUGAAACUCUGGGGACAGCAACCUUUCCAAUAUCGUCUAUGAAAGUGGGAGAGAAGAAAGAAGUUCCUUUUAUUUUCAACAGAGUCACUGAAAUGAUUCUGGAAAUGUCUCUUGAAGUUUGUUCAGCCCCAGACCUCCGAUUUAGUAUGGCUCUGUGUGAUCAGGAGAAAGCUUUCAGACAACAGAGAAAAGAAAACAUAAAGGAAAACAUGAAGAAACUCCUGGGUCCAAAGAAGAGUGAAGGCUUGUAUUCGACACGUGAUGUGCCUGUGGUAGCCAUAUUGGGCUCUGGUGGAGGGUUCCGAGCCAUGGUGGGAUUCUCCGGGGUGAUGAAGGCACUGUAUGAAUCAGGAAUUUUAGAUUGCGCUACUUAUGUUGCUGGUCUUUCUGGUUCCACAUGGUACAUGUCAACCUUAUAUUCCCACCCUGAUUUUCCAGAGAAAGGGCCAGAGGAGAUUAAUGAAGAGCUAAUGAAAAAUGUUAGCUAUAACCCCCUUUUACUUCUCACACCACAGAAAAUUAAAAGAUAUGUUGAGUCUUUAUGGAAGAAGAAAAGCUCUGGACAGCCUGUCACCUUUACUGAUAUCUUUGGCAUGUUAAUAGGAGAAACACUAAUUCACAAUAGAAUGAAUGCUACCUUGAGUAGUUUGAGGGAAAAAGUCAAUACUGCACAAUGCCCAUUACCUCUUUUCACCUGUCUCCAUGUCAAACCCGAUGUUUCAGAGCUGAUGUUUGCAGAUUGGGUUGAAUUUAGUCCAUAUGAGAUUGGCAUGGCUAAAUAUGGGACUUUCAUGGCUCCUGACUUAUUUGGAAGCAAAUUUUUUAUGGGAACAGUUGUGAAGAAAUAUGAAGAAAACCCUUUGCAUUUCUUAAUGGGUGUCUGGGGCAGUGCCUUUUCUAUAUUGUUCAACAGAGUCUUAGGAGUUUCUGGCUCACAAAAUAAAGGUUCCACAAUGGAGGAAGAAUUAGAAAAUAUUACAGCAAAGCAUAUUGUGAGUAAUGAUAGCUCAGAUAGCGAUGAUGAAUUACAAGAACCCAAAGGCACUGAAAAUGAGGAUGUUGCAAGGGACUAUCAAAAUGAUAAUCAAGCAAGUUGGGUCCAUCGUAUGCUAAUGGCCUUGGUGAGUGACUCAGCUUUAUUCAACACCAGAGAAGGACGGGCUGGGAAGGUGCACAACUUCAUGUUGGGCUUGAAUCUCAAUACAUCCUACCCACUGUCUCCUUUGAGAGACUUUACCACACAGGAAUCCGUGGAUGAUGAUGAACUGGAUGCAGCUGUAACAGAUCCUGACGAGUUUGAGCGAAUAUAUGAGCCUCUGGAUGUCAAAAGUAAAAAGAUUCAUGUAGUGGACAGUGGCCUCACAUUUAACUUGCCAUACCCCUUGAUCCUGAGACCUCAGAGAGGAGUUGAUCUCAUCAUCUCCUUUGACUUUUCUGCAAGGCCAAGUGACUCUAGUCCUCCAUUCAAGGAACUUCUACUUGCAGAAAAGUGGGCUAAAAUGAACAAGCUCCCCUUCCCAAAGAUUGAUCCUUAUGUGUUUGAUCGAGAAGGACUGAAGGAGUGCUAUGUCUUUAAACCCAAGAAUCCUGAUGUGGAGAAAGAUUGCCCAACUAUCAUCCACUUUGUUCUGGCCAACAUCAACUUCAGAAAGUACAAGGCUCCAGGUGUUCCAAGGGAAACUAAGGAAGAGAAAGAAAUGGCUGAUUUUGAUAUUUUUGAUGACCCCGAAUCACCAUUUUCAACCUUCAACUUUCAAUAUCCAAAUCAAGCAUUCAAAAGGCUGCAUGAUCUGAUGCACUUCAAUACCCUGAACAACAUUGAUGUGAUACAGAAUGCCAUUGUUGAAAGCAUUGAAUAUAGAAGACAGAAUCCGUCUCGUUGUUCUGUUUCCCUCAGUAAUGUUGAAGCAAGAAGAUUCUUCAACAAAGAGUUUCUAAACAAGCCCACAGCAUAGUUUGGGUACUGGAAAGGGCAGUAAUUUCUGAUGCUGAGACAGUUUGAAAUUCCAUGACAACUGGAUUGACGAGCACAGUACAGAUAACAGUACUGAUCACAACAGACUGGCUGAUACUCCAAGGUGCAGUGAUUUAGCUGCAUGAGAAUAAUACCCUUAUAAGUUUGUUAGGUUGACAGAUGAUAAUGAUGAUGCAAAAAUAUACUUAGCUGCAUUUUCUGUCAGUAUGAGUUUCCUGAUGCAAAUGUGGGGACAUAUACUAUAUUUUUAGACAUUCCUCACCAACUGUCUUAUGUGUCCUCUUUUUAAAAAUGUGGUUCCUUUUUAGAAUAUUUAAUAGUUCAGUCUCAAUAAGUAAGAUUUUGCAUUGUGUGUGACUGUUCUUCACUGACUGGAUUUAUUCAUGUCAUGAGACAACACUAUUUUUUAUUUAUAUAUGCAUUUCAUACAUAUAUGAAAUAAAUCUAUAUGCAAAUUAGCAUGAGAUAACAACUGGGUUUUUGUUUAUUAUUCUUAAUGAGAUAUUGAUUGCACUGUUACCAUGAAAGAUUCUUAGAUCCAUGGCUUUCAAACACAAAAGUUCUUAAUCCUAAACCCAAAUGUGAAACUUACCAUUUUAAAUCAUGGUUAUUUUUCUUAAAAGAGAAAGUAUGUAUAAUUUGUUUAGCAAAUGGUAUAUAUUUAUUCAGCAAGUAGAAAAAAGAUGUAACUACUUCUAGUUUAACAUUUUACUUUGCUGAUAUUAUGCUGGACUGUUUAUCCACCAGGAAGUAGGUGACCUCAGUGAAAAGCCAGAAGAAUGGCAAGGGCUGUAUCUGCAAGACUUGUCCUAGGGACAGUCUGUAUCACACAACCGUGGCUUCUGUUACUGUUAAACUGCUAAGUUCCGAGUUGGUGUUAUAAACAUAAGGGCUUCCUCAUUCUUAUUUUUUGAAUUACUUUUCUUUAAGCUCUCUGUUCAUUUGUCUUUUUUUCUGUGACCUUUCAUUUACAUUUCUUCCUGUGAAGAAAGACAAAAAGACAAUACUAAAGAAGAAGAGAACGCUUGAAAGUUUAUUGUUUCAUUGGUUGAUUUAUGCAUAUGACAAAUGGCUGCCCACUCCAGGCCAUCAGACAUGUUGCAGGACCUGGGAAUACAGCAGGGGACAAAACUGAUGAAAGUGUCUGCCCUCAAGGACCUUGCAUUCUAGUGGAGGUGACCAACAAUAAACAAGAUAAAUAAGUUUCUAGAAUGUUAGUGAUAAGUGCUGUGGAGAAAAUUAAAGAAGGGAAGGGAGGAGAUGGAAGUGUUGGGGGUGUAUAAUGUUAAAUGGGGUCCUGAGGCAGAUCGUAAUGAGACAGUGACCUCAGAGUACAGAUGUGAAGGAGCUGAGGGGGCAGGACCUGUGGAUGUUCAAGGGAAGAGCAUUCCUGACAGAGGGAACAGCAAAUGCAAAAGCUCUGAGGUGGAGCGCCAAGCACAUUCCAGGAACAGAGAAGAGACCAAUGUGUCCAGAGCAGAGUGGGAGGUACAAAAACUUACCUUUCACUUAUUUGUUCUAAACAUGGCAAUACUGUUUAUAAUUAAUUUGUCCUUCAAAAUACCUCUGUAAAAUAACAAGACCAGAGAAGUUAAGAGACUUGCCCAGGGUUACUAAAGGUAAUGUCAGCCAGAGUCCUAUGCCCCUGAUCUUGUCGCGUUUGUAUCACAAUCUACAGUGCUUCCUAGAAACUAAUUAGAUGAACACUUUAAAGACUAAUGAUUAUAAAGCUGGAAUGAUAAAGCCUAUAAAGCCUUCCCUUUGUUCCCAUGCUUUUAGUUUCUUAACUACAAUAGCACAGGCUUCUUGUCUAACUCAGCAUUGCCAAUGUGUUCAUUUCUGUAUUUGCUAGAGCUCUGAUUUUAUAAAAACACACAUUUGGAUGGCAAACUAAAUCUAUAAAUUACUUUUUUCAUUCUU